GUGAGAGAUCACUAUCUGUUUGGAAAUUGAAAAGUCUUUCCACCCCUUCCCCUUUCCUCUGCUUCUUGUGUUCUUUCAGUCUCACUCUGCUCCAAAAGUAUCUCUUGGCUUUAUCGAAUUCUUCAGCUGGGUGCCCUGGCGUCUCCUACCAGGUCAUGCUCUCCUGAAGAUAAGCGGCUACAACCUUUGCUGCCACAACACCAUGGCUGGUCUCCCAUUUCCAUCCCACUUUCUGAUGCUUCUGAUUGGAUCUGUGCUUCGAGGUCCUUCCCCAGCACUGGGGUACAAUAUCGACAUCUCUCCUGCCGCUGUAUUCUCUUCCAACUCCAGUGUGCAAUUUGGAUAUGAGGUUCUGCAGAUUGGGGAAGGCCCUGAAGCCAGGAUCAUUAUAGGAGCCCCUGGUGAGCCAAACACCACAGGCCAUGUGUACCAGUGUAAAAUGCAAAAUGAAGAGUGCCAGGAUAUUCCACUUGAGGGAGGCUCUGGAGUAUCCCACCUUGGCAUGACACUGGCAAGCAACUCUCAGAGAUCUAAGAUGAUAGCGUGUGGGCCAGGAGUUGCCCAGCACUGUGACAAAAAUCUCUUUGUGAGCGGGAUCUGCUAUCUGUUUGAUGCCAAACUACAUGAACCCAAGAACAUAACUACAGGAUACCAAAAGUGCCUGAAAGGGGAUGUGGACCUGGUGUUUCUCUUUGAUGGCUCAGAAAGCUUGAAAAGUGGGGAGUUCAACAACAUCAAGGAGUUCAUGAUUGAUGUGAUGGAGAAAUUACACAACAGCACCAUCAGGUUUGCUGCUGUGCAGUUUUCAUUUGAUAUCAGUAUCGAGUUUGAUUUUAAUAAUUACACCAACAAUCCCAAUCCUCGAAAUUUGUUGGCUAGUGUGGAACACAAGAAAAGUACUACAAACACUUUCAAGGCCAUCAGAUACGUGGCGGAAAAUGUUUUUGUUCCUGAACGUGGCACCCGACCAGGAGCAAACCGAGUAAUGGUCAUCAUCACAGAUGGAGACGCCACCGACUCAGACGCUGGUGGAAGAAGCGUACAGGCUGCCAAGGACAAGAAGAUCUUGCGCUUCAUAAUUGGGGUUGGAAGUUACUUUCCCAAGAAUGUGAGCCAAGCUAAGGUCACAAAGAUUGCCUCUGAACCCAUCAGUGACUUUGUGAAGGUCCUCAGGAGCUUUGAGGAGCUUAAGGACAGCUUCAAUGAGCUCCAGUCAAAGAUCUACGAUAUUGAAGACACCAGUGACAGCGACAGUCGCUCCUUCUACCUGGAGAUGUCGUCCAGUGGAUUCAGUGCUGAUAUAUCCCAUGGCCGGGUGGUCCUGGGAGCUGUAGGGGCUAACGAUUGGGCCGGAGGCCUGUUAGAGCAGCAGGAGGGUUUGGCCCACGAGAAGUUCAUCACUGCCUCUGCUGCUAAGGAUGAAAUGAAAGCAGCCUACUUGGGGUAUGCGCUGAAAUUCUUACAGCAUCAGAAGAGGGAGCUGUAUGCGGUCGGAGCCCCUCGGUACCAACAUGUGGGAAGGGUCUUGGUGUUCGAGGUCAACCCCAGCCCUGCCAACUGGACAUUAAAGCAGCAGAUUCCCGGGGAGCAGAUAGGGUCAUAUUUUGGGGCAGUACUUUGUUCAGUGGAUGUGGACAGCGAUAGUGAAACAGACCUGCUUCUCGUCGGGGUGCCACUGUAUUUUAAAGACAGGAGAGGAGGUCGGGUUUAUGUCUACGGCUGGGCACAGGAUAAUCUUGCCCUCCUGGGGGAGCUUCAAGGGGACUCAGGAUAUCCCUUUGGCAGUUUUGGAGCAGCUGUUGCUGACCUGGCAGACAUCAAUGGGGAUGGACUGACAGAUGUGGCUGUGGGAGCCCCCCUAGAAGAUGGGGAGACUGGAGUUGUCUACAUCUACAAUGGCUACGAGAAGACGGUGCAUAUGGAGUAUAGCCAGAAAAUUAAAGGAGCAAACAUUUAUCCUGGCUUGAAAUUCUUUGGACGGUCCAUCCAUGGAAAGACAGACCUCAGUCAAGAUGGGCUCCCUGACGCUGCCGUGGGAGCUCUGGGAAAGGCUGUGGUGCUCCGCUCCAGGCCCAUUGUGACAGUAGCUGCAACUGUGCAAUUUUGGCCACUGGAAAUCCCAGUGAAAGAAGUGGAGUGUCUGGGGAAUGCUGGCUCCUGGCAGGCGGUAGAGAUCAACCUCACCAUCUGCUUCAAUGCCAGUUUAGCCACCAAGCACUACCAAGGGCAUCUCUCUGCCAACCUUUCCUUCUACUUGGAGAUUGACGGGAACCGGAUGAAGAACCGAGGAGUGUUCAAGAAUGGCAAGAAGGUUGUGGAGGGGACCCAGCGCAUAUCUGUGGGAUCAGUGUGCAUUCAAGAUAAGAUGCGCAUCCCAAACUGCAUUGAGGAUUACAUCUCAAGUAUCAAGGUCUUUGUGAAUUUCUCCCUCAUCGAUGACGAGGACCCUAACAAGGGAGAUCUUGGCCCUAUUCUGAACCCAUUGAGCAACAGAACUACAGUGGAGAUUCCUUUUGAGAAGAAUUGUGGGGAAGAUGGGGUUUGUGAGGCUGACCUGAGACUCCGCUUCCAUGCUUCAGGGUCUGAGGAGCUGCUUCUCUCUCCUGCAUUUGUACUGCGGGUGGUCUUGGAACUGGAGAACUUCCAUGAGGAUGCUUACCAUGCCGUCCUCUCCUUGCUCCACGUUCCUGGCCUCUCCUUCCGCAAAGUUUCUGUGCUCAAGUCUAGUGCUCAGACCAUCGUGAGCUGUGAUGGGAUGCCAGUCACACAAGGAGUCAAGAAUCUCAUUUGCAAUGUCAGCCAUCCUGUUUAUAGGGCACAAACAAAUGCUUUGAUUGAGCUCCGGUUUGAUGUCCUUGAAAACAGCUCCUGGGGAGACAAUGUGGAGAUGAAGGCAUAUGUCAGCAGUGAUAAUGAGAGGAAUGACACCCUUAACAACAACGUGGACACUCUCAGCAUCCCUGUCCAGUACCCCAUCAACAUCAUGGUCAAAGGCUUGGAGACAUCCAUACAGUACAUUAACUUCAGUUCUGUCCAUCAGGAAAACAAGACGGUGACGCACAUCUAUGAAGUGAAAAAUGUGCCCCUGGGUGAUUUCCCACCUGCUGCAGUGACAGUGUUUGUGAAAGUGCCAACCACAUUGACUGCUGGGCUGAUAUGGGAAGUUAAUAGUGUCCAGGCUGAACCCUUUGUGAUGUGUGAACUUAUUCCACUGGACAAUGGCACAGAAAGGACAAAGUCCAUUAAGGACCAUCCUCAGCUAACCGAGUGUGCUCUUCACAAAUACCACAUCUAUCAAUGUAGCCUCGGACAGCUAAAUUCCUGUGUUAUCAAUGUUACUGGAACAGUGUAUUCUACGAGCAAAAUUGAGCAAUUCUCUCAGUCCAGCUUCUGCACAGCCUCAUGGCUCACGUUUGACACCAGAAGAUACUUCAAUCAGUAUGACAAAUAUGCCCAGUCUCAGGUCACGACAAAGGUAGAUAUGAUUUACGUGAUGAAUUAUCUCCCUAUUAUUAUAGGCAGCGCUGUAGGAGGCCUUUUCUUGCUUAUUCUCAUCAUUGUGGGACUUUACAAGUGUGGAUUUUUCAAGCGUAAUUAUAAAGACAAGAUGGACCAUGCAGGUGAAACUGAGACUGCGUUCCCAGCAGAAGGCAGCCUGGAGGAUGAUGAAGAAAAAGUCCCACAGAACGGAGAAGUAGAGAGCAAAUAACCAGGGGCUGCUUCCACACUAGCCAUUUGAUCUGGAACGGACACUGGUUUUAACAAAGAAUCCAGAUGGCAUUGUUGACAAACUGUUGCUGCCCCCCAUUUUCUGACUUUUGUUA